AUGAACCUUUUCUGUCUGUGCCUUAUACACAGGGUGGUCGUUUCUUCGACUGGAAUUAGGUUCAUACUUAUAUUGACUUGUCGUCUUACAAAGUACAUUAUCCGCCUGAAUGCGUCCUACACCAAGAAUAUUCAUUGUUCUGUUCAACAGAACAGAGCGCCGUCACAUGAUCACCCUCCAACGCACUGUCCUCUUUCUACCCCAAAUCCUUACACGUCCACCCACUUCGGCAUGGAUCCAAACAAUCCACAUCUCUACAACCUGGAAAACCAACAAGAAUAUCGCUCGAGCUACCCCGAUGAUUCGUAUAUCCCCCAAGGAUUCCCAAUUCCCUCUGACAUGACUUGGGGCAAUCCUCCGCUCCCAGUUGGCGAUCGUCAACCUGAUAAUAUAACAUUUGCAUAUCAUGAAGACCAGGAUUGGCUUCUCCACGGGUACUCGAUGCCUGAGAACGAGCCGGGUGGCUGGGACCCGCUGGACUAUGCGAACUACCCUGACUUGGUUCUCACUCGCUCCUCCACGGCCGAUGGCGAUUCUGACAGUGCAGGCCCCAUCACCUCGACAUAUUCAUUCCAACUCGUGCCACUAUCUCCCGCAGAAAUAAAUGCGUUGGCCCAUGCCCGCCAACUCGCGAGCAGUCGGGUGUACGAGACGGACUAUGGUGGACAAUACUAUGAACCCGGACUACAGGAGCGGGAGCAACACCAACCGCUCAUGGUCUUCCCCGUUCCGCUGCAACCUACAGUGGUGCCGUCGCAGCCUCAUUACUCAGCCGAACAAUCUUCAUGCGUCGAAACAUUUGCCGUCAGACCGACAUCGAAAAUGUCUUUAGGAGAGCAGGAGCGGCAGACAAGAUUACCCUUGCCUCCAGCUACAGAGUCAACGAAAGAAAAUGGUCCGAAGGCGAUCCAAAGGCAAUCGGCACCGACGCCAGCAAUCAAAUCGCAAAGUAUCGCGGAGAAUCCUACUCUUUCGCGGGAUGGACACGCUAAAGCUCAGCAUUCAGCUCCUGCUUCACGUCAGCCGGCGAUCGCUAGCGCGUCGGGGGAUGCUGUUGUUAUACAGUCUGGAACAGGCUCAAGAGCGAAGCGCAGAAGAACGAAAGCGCCACAUCAGGCAGUCUCGAAAGAAAAGAGCAGUUCUCUUCCCUCGUCGUCUCUAGCUGUACCAGGCCCGUCAACAGUGCCCUCUACCCCAUUCACUUUCCGAUAUGACCAGUCUCCGAUUCCGGAUUCAUCGUUCUCCGUUGCUGGUCCUAGUAAUUCUCGUGCUUUGGACCAACCAUCUUCAAUAGUGCAGGCCAAAAAGCGCAAGUUCGAGGAGGAGGAGCCGAGCUCUCAAGAGAGCCGUACCAUAGCUUCUGGAAACCUACUUGUGCUCACCCCCGAGAUGCAAUCACAUAUUGCGACCGUCCAGAAAGUCAACCGCACCAAGGAAGCCGUCACCUGUUUAUGGCCAUGCAACCAACCGGCUGAGUCACAACACCACAAGCGCGCAAUCAAGCCAACCAUCGUCGAAAUGCCUCGCAGGCGGACUGCAUGCUGGUCGCUCCCUUUCAUUUUGUUUGCCCUUUCACUAUAUUAUCACCUUCAGGCCCUCGAACGGCAGUCAAAUCCCGUGAAGAUAUGGACUGAGCCCCCAUACAAGACACCCAUUCCAGAGAAAUACUAUCAUACGGCCAAUACGACUCGACGUGCCAAUGCUGUCAUCGUUAUGCUUGCACGCAACAGCGACAUCGACGGCGCCGAGAGCAGCAUUGUUCAGUUCGAAACGACAUUUAAUCGCAAAUUUGGAUAUCCUUACGUUUUCUUGAACGAUGUACCGUUCACGGAAGAAUUCAAAAGGAGGAUGCAAGGUGUCGUGAGCUCGUCGGCGCAGUUCGGGCUCAUUCCAGAGUCGCAUUGGCAGCAGCCGUCAUGGAUAAACGAAGAGAAGGCUUCACGGGCAAGAGACAAGAUGGGCGCCAGACAUGUCCCAUUUGGUACAAGCGUAUCUUAUCGGAACAUGUGUCGUUUUUAUUCCGGAUUUUUCUUCAGGCAUCCCCUGCUCCUCCCUUAUAGGUAUUAUUGGCGACUCGAACCAGACGUGGAGUUCUUUUGUGACGUCGAGUUUGACCCGUUCCUCUUCAUGAAGGGCGAAAACAAGAAAUAUGGCUUCACUAUAUCACUGCCAGACGACCGCACCACUAUUCGAACGUUGAGGAGAAAUGUCCGAGAGUUUGUUGAUAAGAAUCCCGACCUCAUCUCGCCGGAUAACGCCGUUCCGAUGCUGCUUGAUACGCGCAAGAACGGGAUGAAAGAGUACAAUCGGUGUCACUUCUGGAGUAAUUUCGAGAUCGGCGACUUCGAUCUCUGGCGCAGUGAGCCUUACAUGAAAUUCUUCGAGUUUCUGGACUCUCGCGGCGGCUUUUAUUACGAACGCUGGGGAGAUGCGCCCGUGCACACCUUUGGCGCCGCUUUAUUCGCCCGGAAGGAUCAAAUUCACUUCUUCAAUGAAAUCGGAUAUCAGCACGGCGCCAUUGCGCACUGUCCCGAGGGCCCUGCAUUCACCCGCGGUAAAUGCAGAUGCUCACAGGCGGCCAGUAUCGAUCGGAAACCACUUUCCUGCCUGAGCAGGUACGACGCGUUGUUUGAAGGAGAUGUUUUGGUUUGA